ACAUACAAACAACGUUCAACGAAGCAACGCGCCAUUCGUCUGUGGAAGGCCCGUCUGGACCCACCAGGGCAGUCAACGGACAGAAAACAGAUCAAACCUCAAACAAAGGUUUGACAUGUUUUCCACUCGGUCGUGCAACAAGAAUUGCCUCUGCACGAGAUCGGACAUGCAAUCUGUGGGAUUCAUUCAGGACAAGCACCGCAACGAAUUUUAACUUAAACAACGAAUUUUCACCAGAAAUGUUGCUCUCGAAUUGCACGCCAGAUACGUCGAGGGCUGGAUAAAAAAGUUACGAAAGCAAACAGAGUCACUGGUCCCGCUCCUACCGGACUGGAGCUGAAUGUUCGGAGCAAAUGAAGGUGUCAAAAUGACAAGCAGAGACAGCUAAAAAAGCAACAAAAAAUCCAAUGCCCCUCCACACACACACACAUAGCACACACAGAGAGAAACACUCAAGCGGAGAGUUGGCUCUGGCUGGACAUGCGAUGGAUGGAUGACUGCCUUCCUGCCAGUUCAGCCAGCCUCCUGUCUCUCCACACAGCCUUCUGUCUCUCUUCCUGCCGCCCACUAGCUGGCGUGGCAGCUCCACGGGUAAACGGCAAAGCGACAGCAACAUUUGCUAACUUUGCUGCAACGACAACGACGCGAAAGCGACAAGAGCAACAAAAGCAAACGGAUCUACAUAAAUGUAUCUGUAUCCAUCUAUUCGAUGGCCGUGCAUUGUAUUGCAGUUACGUGCUCGAUGGUCCAGCAAAAUGGAGACAAAAAAUCUCUAAAACAAAAUCGGCAAAACAGAGUACAACAAAAACAGAACACGAACCGUUUCCAAAUGGAAAAACUUGAAUACACUCUCCUGAAACAAUAGGAAUCGAUGGAAACAAAAGAGAA